AAUAUGCAGAUGAUCUCACUGUUUGUAUGCCUAUCUCUUCCUCUUUACAUCCUAUAGAAAUGAACGAGUUUUUGUCUCGUAUUGAUAGUUGGUCUGUCGUUAAUGGUCUCCUACUUAAUCCGUCUAAAUGUCAAGCUGUUAACUUUAGCAUGAGACAUGAUCGGCAUUUAAACACCAUUUUGAGAUCUCAUAAUGCUUGUGCCAUUGGCAACUCAUUGAUAAACACAGUGUCGACGGUCAAUUAUCUUGGUGUUACCUUUUCCUCUGAUCUCUCUUGGUCUUCUCACGUUUCAUUGUUAUCGAAAAAAGUUUUCCGUCUGACUUACUACAUUAGGAGAUUGCAUGCAUUUGGGAUCACUUGUCAUUUACUCCUACAAUUUGUCAAUUCUUGCAUAUUACCUAUUAUUCUUUACUGUUCUCCAUUAUUCUUUCCCGGGCUUUUGAGAAAAGACUUUGCUGUACUGUGGAGAGCGCUGAAUGCAGUUAGCAAGGUAUGUGGUGAAUCUUUCGAGACCAUAAUUAAUAUGGUUGUGGAUAGACAUCUAAAGUCAUGCAAACUCCUGGCAGGUGUUAUUUUAUUAGAUACUAACCAUCCCCUUCACUCAUAUCUUUCUCCAUGUAUAGAACGAGACAAAAUUACAUUAAAAUCCAAGCACGCAAGCGAAAGUAUAAAAGUUCUAUUAUACCUUACCUAGCAAAUAUACUCUGUGACGAACAGGUUGUUAGAGUUAACCUAGUCUAUAAUCUGCAUUCUUAACAUGACUCUAAUUGAAAAGUUGUACAGUUUUUCAGUUUUUUUAAUUUUUUUUUAUUAACCGUCAUUUUUUUUCUGUAAAAGAAACUUGUUGAAAUAUUUUUUUGUGCUGAGAAUUCUAUAUUGUACCAAAAUAUAAUAUUGAAUAAAGCCAUAAAUAAAUAAAUAAAUUAGACGAAGUAAUACCGAGCGUUAUGAUGUUUUCAGACGUAUUAUGAUUUUUAAGGUAUUAGAAAUAUUAUCUCGAUUAUCCAUUUACUUUGAAGAAGUGACAUACAUCAAGUUCAGUCAGUAACAACGUAGUACUUCGUACGUAUUUACAUCAGUUCGAGUAGCCAUACCACAUUAGAACAGAGAUGCAGUUGUAGAUUCCAAUCCCCUAGUGGUAGAGGUAGGACAUACAUCAAGUUACGAAACAUCAGAACUACACAGUUCUAAUUAUUUGGAUACCGCAAAAUAUAUAAUAAUUAUUAAAACAACACUUAUUCGGAGUUAAAUUAUUCUAUAGUUGACACCAAUUCUUGAUGUAAAAC